AAUGCUUCAAAGAGCAUCAGAAGAUUUCUUUCCAAAGAUGGAAAGUGCAGUUGAAGAGAUGGAUACCUCAGACACCCAGUGGGGCUGGUUUUAUUUGGCUGAGUGUGGUAAAUGGCAUAUGUUUCAGAGUGAUUCAAACAAUCAUUGCUCAGUUAGCAGUGAAGAUAUUGAAAGGAGCUUCAGAACAAACCCACAAGGAUCCGUUUCUUUUACUACUGCAAAAUUUAACUACACGCUAGACUUUUCAGCGAUGAAGCAAACCAAUCUAACUACACUUAAGCAACGUCCAAUAAAGCGAGCUCCCUUUUCUAUCAAUGCUUUCAGUUUCAUCUGUGAAAAUGAGGCUAUCCCUAUACCGUCACACUGGGAGAAUGUAAAUACUGAGGAGGCAUAUCAGCUUAUUCCUUUGCAAAAGAAAACAAAUGAAUAUAAUGAAGUUUCUAGUCUCUUUGGAAAAACAAUGGAUAGCCACCGAAUUAAAAGAAUUAAGAGAAUACAAAAUCUAGACUUGUGGGAGUUUUUUUGCAGGAAAAAAGCACAACUAAAGAAGAAAAGAGGUGUCCCCACUAUUAAUGAGCAGAUGUUAUUUCACGGGACCAGUAAUGAAUUUGUAGAAGCAAUAUGUAUUCAUAACUUUGACUGGAGAAUAAAUGGUAUGCAUGCUGCUGUAUAUGGAAAAGGGACCUACUUUGCAAGAGAUGCGUUAUAUUCUAGUCGUUUCUGCAAAGAAGACAUAAAGCAUGGAGAUACUUUUCAAAUUCAUGGUGUGAAUCUGCAACCUCAUCUGCAUAGACCAGAUAAAGUAAUGUUUCUUGCUCGUGUACUAACUGGUGACUAUAUCAAUGGUGAUUCAAAAUACAUGAGGCCUCCUUCAAGAGAUGGAAGUUUUGUGAACUUGUAUGACAGCUGUGUGGAUAAUACCUGGAACCCAAAGAUCUUUGUUAUCUUUGAUGCCAACCAAAUCUAUCCUGAGUAUUUAAUAGAGUUCUGUUAAGUUUGAAAGGAGCUGAACUGAAUAUUUGUUUGUGUCUUUUUUGGUAUUUUGUUUCUUUUGCAAAGAUGAUAAUAUAAAAACACGAAGAAUGAAAGGACAGAGGUGAAGCAGGGGAAAAGUAUAUCUGGG